AUUUCUUUUGAGAAAAAACAAACUGAACAAUACGGCCUGCCGGCCGGCCAAGAGCCACGCGAGAGUCAACUAGUGGAGAAAAGACCGGCGGUGCUGCUCAGUCAUCAUCAAUAAUAAGAAAAAGGGCAGUAAGUUAACUCAUUAGUUUUCCAUGCGAAGAAACAUCUGAAACCAGCAGCCACUAAUUAAGGAGUGGUGAAACGUGGCAGCUAUGGCGUUUGAUUUCUGUCCUUGUGCUUUUCAAGUUAAAUUGACACGACUCACUCUCUGCCUCCAUCUUUUACUCCUCUCUUCACUUUAUGUAGUCGGGUCCGCUCCAUUCUGUGCUUCGCCCGUCGGCACUCUACCCGACCGCUUUCUUGCUGACUCUAAUGCAUCUAUGGACAGAGAGAGGAAUAACAAAUGUUCAGAUGCCUCGCAGUUUAAAUGCGCAUUUAAGUUGCUAGACGCUGACUUCUUCAAUGAUACUAAGGUGCUGGAGAUCGCAAAGGGUGCAAAGGAGUUUAAUUUGCCUAUUACCAAAGCUAAUAGGAGAUUAGUUGCUUCUGAGAAUGGAGGGUUACAUAAUCCAUCUUGUUUAGUCUUUAAUCCAGAGUGGACUCAUGAGCAUGCGGGAAAAAUUGCAAGUAAGAGAUUCAGUUAUCCUGCUCUACCAGGAAUACAGAGGCCAAAGAGUGAAGAGGAUAUUGCAUUUAUGAGUGUGCUUGAAUUAGGAGAACUUAUUAGGACGAAGCAAAUUACAUCUGAGGAGCUUGUGCAAAUUUUCCUGAAGAGAUUAAAGAGAUACAAUCGUGCUCUUGAAGCCGUGGUAACUUAUACUGAUGAAUUAGCUUAUAAGCAAGCAAAAGAAGCUGAUGAAUUGCUGGCUAAAGGAGUAUAUCUGGGACCUCUCCAUGGGAUUCCAUAUGGACUGAAGGAUAUCAUUGCAGUAAGUGGAUACAAGACAACAUGGGGUUCCAGAAGUUUCAAAGAUCAAGUUCUAAACAUUGAUGCUUGGGUUUACAAGAGAUUGAGGUCCGUAGGUGCUGUUCUUGUUGCAAAGCUUGUUUCUGGAUCAUUGGCAUAUGAUGACAUCUGGUUUGGGGGCAGAACGAGAAACCCAUGGAAUAUUGAGGAAUUUUCAACAGGUUCAUCAGCUGGGCCUGCUGCCAGUACCUCAUCUGGUAUGGUUCCAUUUGCUAUUGGCUCAGAAACAGCCGGCUCCAUCACAUAUCCUGCAUCACGUUGUGGCGUGACAGCACUACGUCCAACUCUUGGUACUGUUGGUCGAACUGGUGUGAUGAGCAUAUCAGAAAGCCUGGAUAAGCUUGGCCCUUUCUGUAGAAGUGCUGCAGAUUGUUCGAUUGUUCUGGAUGCUCUUCGAGGGAAGGAUCCAGAUGAUCUGUCAUCAAGAGAAAUUCCUCUUAAUGAUCCAUUUUCUGUUGACAUUACGCGUCUUACUGUUGGAUAUUUGGAUGAUGCUGAAAUGGAGGUUGUACAUGUGCUCAAGGAGAAAGGUGUUAAUAUGGUUCCUUUCAAACUGAAUUACACUGUUGAUUCUGUCCAAGGCAUAUUAAAUUUCACAAUGGAUGUUGAUAUGUUAGCUCACUUUGAUGAGUGGCAACGCAAUGGUCUGGAUGAUGCAUAUGAAGCUCAAGAUCAAUGGCCCAUUGAGUUGCGUCGUGCACGUGUAAUUUCGGCGGUUGAUUAUGUGCAGGCACAAAGGGCGCGGGGAAAAUUAAUUCAGGAAGUUAGAAAAGGUUUCACAGUUGACGCAUUUAUUGGCAAUGCAACUGACUGGGAAAAAGUCUGCUUGGGAAAUCUAGUAGGUCUGCCUGUAAUUGUGGUUCCUACUGGGUUUAAAAAUAUAUCAAAUCCACCUUCUGAGGGAAGUCGAAGGAGAACCACUAUCACCACUGGCAUUUAUGCUCGUCCUAGCCAGGAUCACAUUGCUCUGGCAUUAGCAAUGGCUUACCAAUCAGUUACUGACCACCAUAAGCAGCGCCCACCAAUCGACAAUCUUGGUCCAAACGACAAGAUACCCGAUCCACCUAUAGUCGUUAUACCUCCCAGAAGGUUGCAUCUAUAAUGAUGUCGAGACAUAAAUUUUUGGCUUUGUAUGGUCGUAUAUUUCUAUAUCUUUUUAAGUUUUUAUCUGAAACUUAAAGAUGGAGCACUCGAUUCCUUCCUUUGAAUGUCCUCUACAUAGUAGUGGAUAGGGAAAAAAGAAGAAAAAACUGUUGCAACUUUUUAAGCUCUUUAGGUAAGUAUAUCAAGAUGUCUGAAUAAAAGAAGAAGAAGAAGAUGUGCAUGCUUCAAGAUUCCUCUAAUGGAAUGGACAACUCGAUGUAAAUAUAUUCGCCCUUGGUCUGCUAUCUACAAAAGGAAGUUAACUGUGGAAUUUUAUCUUUA